AUGUCUUCUAUAACUAAUCUUGAAUUUAUUGUCAGGGAUCAAACCAAGUUCCCAUCUCAAACAAAAAUUGAAGGACCUUCUCCUUUUUGGGAUAAAUAUACCGAAGGUCCUUCUUACAUAAAGCCUGAAGACCGUCAGAAGCCUCUUAUCUCGUCUGGGAAAUUGGAUCAAAAGUAUUCAACUUUUGAAACUGAUCUUUCUCCUCUUUUGGGAACAACUUACACUGAUGAGGUUAAUCUUACUGAUAUUCUCAAGGAUGAUGAAUUGUUAAAGGAUCUUGCCAUUAAAAUUUCACAGCGUGGUGUGGUUGUUUUUAAACACCAAAAGGAUCUCACUAUUACUCAACAAAAGGAGCUAAUCCAAAAGCUUGGCCUUCUUUCUGGUAAGCCUAAGGGUAAUGGUCUUCAUAUCCAUCCUACUGCACCUAGCGCUGGAAUUAUUGGAGAAAAUGGGCUGGUUGAUCCCGAACUUUCUUUUAUUUCAAAUAGAAGACAAAGACCUUCUAACGAUGAUAAAACUGCAGCUUGGGGGUGGCACUCUGACAUCACUUUUGAGCCUGUACCUGCUGAUUAUUCUUCACUUCGUAUUUUUGAACUUCCUCCUACUGGUGGUGAUACUCUUUGGGCCAAUGGUUAUGCUCUUUAUGAAAAGCUUUCGCCUUCAUUGAGAUCUUAUUUUGAUACACUUACUGGUACUUAUUCUCAACCACGUUUUAAGGAAAAUGCUCGAGAAGAAUAUAAUCUUUAUUCUGAGCAACGUGGAGCUCCAGAAAACAUAGGUGAUGAUUUGAAGGCAAUUCAACCCAUUGUUAGAACUAACCCUGUUACUGGAUGGAAAACUCUUUUCGCAGUUGGUCAUCAUUUUACUAAAGUUAAUGAAGUUACACCACUUGAAUCCCAGGCUUUGAAACAAUUUAUUUGGGACAUUUUAGCUCAAUCACACGAUAUUCAGGUCAGACACAAGUGGGAUAAGUAUGACAUUGCAAUUUGGGAUAACAGGUCCACUUAUCAUAGUGCUACCCAAGAUCUCUCAUCUCUUGGAGAUGCAUACAGAAGCGGUGUUAGAACUGUUGGUAUUGCUGAGCGUCCUUACUUGGACCCUAAUAGUAUUACCCAAACUGAGGGUCUCAAACAAUCAGCUUCUAAAUAG